AUGACUCUGAUGAAAGAUCUCAAAGAUGCGUGCAAUUUUGGCCUCUACUGCCCACCGGCGAACGGUCGUGCGGGAAAAUUCCUGGAGGAAGAGCGACCAAUGAGAGACUAUCCCCUCACAGGACCUAUAGGAUACCUCGAGUUCAAGUACAAGCGGCGACUGUACAAGGCGCUACACAUGGACGAAAAGCAACUCAAACAGCUGCAUACUAAGGUGUGUAAACACGGGUUCGCGCAGCAUCUGGAUCUGCUACUCUUCUACGGAGCCGAAAUGAACGCGAAGAAUGCGAGUGGAAACACACCGCUACAUGUGUGCUGCAUAAACAAUCAGGAUAGUUGUGCCAGACUGCUGCUAUUUCGAGGUGCUGACAAGAAUGCACAAAACUUUGCCAAUCAGACGCCCUAUCAGGUGUCAGUGGUAGCUGGAAAUCUAGAGCUGGCUGACAUCAUAAAGAACCACGGCACGGAUGAGAUAGUUCCGUUCCGGGAAACGCCGAAGUACAGUAACCGGCGGCGUAUGAGUGUGGCGGCGCAUCCCGGCACGCCGCAGUACGCGCGCCCGGACCGCUGGCAGGGCAAAGCUCCGAGUCCCGCGCAGUCUACACGCAGCCUCCCUCAGUUCUCGUCUGCCGGCUCGACGCUAUCGCUGUCCGACAGCAGCUCCAACAUGAACCACGCCGACGUCGACGACUCCGCGAGUUCUUACAACUCGGGCAAGAGCUCGAAUUCGACGUCGCCCGUCUAUGUCAGCCCCAAGAAGAGACUGUACCCAGCGAUGCCAGGCCGUACCUUCGUCUGUGUGAAGCCGUACCUUCCCAAGGAAGACGGGGAACUCGCCUUGAAGAAGGGCGACUUUGUUGACGUUCUGAGUAUUGGAGAGAGGGGCUUCUGGGAAGGUAAAGUUGGCCAUAGGGAAGGAUGGUUUCCCAACGACUAUGUGGAAGAGGUCCAGAUGCGGAGGAGAAAAGGAUCUGACUCGGACGAUGAAGACUCUGUGAUACUCAACAAGAACACUCUGGCCGCACUGGUCAGCGGUCAACUCGACCACCAGCCGAAGACGGUCGUGCUGCAGCGCUCGAACAAGGGCUUCGGCUUUGUGCUGCGCGGCGCUCGAUCCCUCGGAGCGAAGCUGAACUUUCAUCCGACAGAUCAGUUUCCGGCGCUUCAGUACUUGGACGAUGUUGACAAGGAUGGCAUGGGUUGGAAAGCAGGACUGAGGCCGGGGGACUUUGUGAUCGAGGUGCGAAUCAAGGCAUGAUUGGAGCGUAAUCUCCUCAUUCAACCAGCAUUUGCUGGCACAGCU